UGAUCUAACCUCUAUGGUGGUGUGCUAGGUUUUCUUCUUUUUGAUUUUCUUUCUAUUUCUUUUCCUUUGAUAGCAGUGCUGAAGAUGGGCUAGAGCUGGCUGUCGUUUAGUUUUUCUAGAUCAGUGUAGGGUUUCUUGUAUUUUCCUCUGAAUUUUUCAUUUUUUUUUUCUUAAUUAAACUGAUCUUUUAGCGGAAAAAAUUUAUUUUACUUCUCCUAUUCCUUCUCUCCUUGAUCCCCUUCCAAAUUCACUAGAUAAGUAUCUAUAUCAUAAGGAAGAGUCUUGUUCUAUCGGCUUGAUUUAGUAGCACUCUUUUAUUGUUGUAUUCGUGUUCUGUUUGUGGACAUCAAUAUAUACCCAUCGAUGGAGAAAAGGUACAUUGUCUAUGAUCGUCAGAAGAAGCGUUGCUCUUCAAAACAGAAACUUAACCAGCAAGAGGGACCUAGUGUAACAUCUACCAAUGUUCCGCUUGAGACGAGUGAUCAUGGUGGCAACCAGAACAUAGCAGUUACUAAUACCCCAUCUGAUACAGAGCAGAGCGACAGCAACCACUCGCAGUCUGAUACAGUGGGUUCAGCAUCCUCUACAACUCUGGCUGAUGCCAAGAGCACCAGUAGUGGUCUAAGCAUGGAACAGAGGGAGUUGUUUGGAAGUUCUCACCAACUCUCAGUUGCAAAGAACAUGUCAAAUGAGAAUGAGCCUGAGAAGGUGGCACUUGGAUCAGAAAGUCCAGAAAACUACAAAUUUGGAUGGGAGGGAAUCCCAGAUUAUUUUGAAGGCUUUGAUGAAACUGAUGUUGCUGGUACUUAUCAAUAUAUAGAAGACACAUCUGGUUUACGUGAUCUUCUUAGAAGUUUCAUGCUUCAAGUCCCUUACUAUCCUCAGCAGUUUGACGACUUUGAUUUCGAUGCUCUGUUUCCCAAAAAGUGGCUGUAGGGACAAGACAGUUCAGAAGGCACGGAUCCUUGAUGCUCUAUAUUAAAGAGAUGAAGGCCCUUUCAUCUAUAAGUGCAGUCAUGAAGCAUCUCCAGCUAGUCUGUUGAACAAGAAGUUAGUUUUUAUUAGGAGUUUGAGAACUGCAUAGAUUUGAAUAAAGAACAUGAACAAAUCUUACUAAAAUCAUUUUACAUUUCUUGUUCCUUUAUAUGACUUGAAGUUCCUUUGUUGUUUUGCUGUUCUGUUGUUUUGUUUUUGUUGUUUUUGAAAGUCUAUUAGCUUCUAAUAGUCUUGAUAGUUUCAUGUAUGAAUUUUUGUUGUUUUGCCGUU